AGUUCCAUUAUAAACGCGUACAACGAAAGAAUGUAUUUUAGAACACAGUAGAAAUAUAAAUUAAAGGAACAGAUAAGAAUUAGUCCUCUAUUGAUAGUAAACGGAAUUGUCAAUCGUUUUACAUAUAUUUAUAGAAACAUAACAAAUACAUAAUAGCAAUGACUAAAAAUCGUCUCCAUAAUACAGAAGAUGAUAUAUCUUUUGAACCAAAACUAACAAGAGCAAAGGCCAAAGAAUUAGCAGCCGCUCAAGUUAAUAUACCAUGGCCAAUUACUCCGGUGAAGAAGACUUCAUCAGAAGUACAAGUGUUAAUCGAAGAAGAAUUACCAGAAGAUUCAUCUGAUGAAGAAUACAAUCCAGAGCAAGAAUCACCUGAUCCUCAGAUUGAUCCUGAAGGAAUUUUCAAGAUUCCUGGGAUUCCUUAUGUUCCAACAGAAGAAGAAAGUAUUGGUCAAAGAACUCGUUCAAAAGUUUGUUUAAGUGAAACACCUUUGGAACAAAUUGAACAAGCGUUCAUACCACCAGAUAUAACCACUGAUAUGUAUGACUUAGAUUGCGAACUAGAUGAAGAUUGGGAUAAUUUCUUAAAAGAAUUUACUCAACCAUUAACUCAAGAACCAAUAGUGGAAGAUGAUUCGGAAGCAGAUCCAGAAUAUAAUAUUUUAGAUGAAGAAACAGAGUUUUAAUUGUUCUGUAACAGAUUUAUUACCUACUUACAAAGAACCUGAACUUCUCAAUUCAAUGAAUUCAAAUCAACAAGAAUUGUUGGCAGUUCAAUUUCGACAACAUGUACAAUUAAUGGUGCAACAUUUUGCUAUGACAUAUAUGCAUCCAGACUUACAUUUGCAAUCAAAAACAUGCAAACAAAAUCUAAAUAGUAUAAAAUACUUGACUAAUGGACCUAAUUCUGCAUUCAAUGUGGCAAAUUUACCAGAUGCUUUAAAAUUAGUAUCUGAUUGGGAAAAUAAAUUUUUGGAUAAUAAAUUUUCUGAGGAUUUCAAAAAAAUUAUGACAGAUGAAGAAGCAGUAAAAAAAAUAAAUAAAUGUAAAUAUAUUCCUAAAUUUUAUCCAGAAUUACAAAAAUUAUUUAUGGAAAGUAAAGCUUUGAUGUAUCCACAACUCUUGCCUGAAAUGCCGUUCAGAAGUGAAUUAAAUAAGUUUAUGCGGUCUCCAUAUUUAAGAUCAGAAGAAAAUUUAAUUGCAUUGGGUUUAGAACAGUUUCUUCCUUUUGUUGCAUCUAAAUCAAGAAAAUUUAAGGGUAAAAAUCUUCAGUUAGCUGAUGCAGUAAAAUUAAUUAUUCAAUAUUUAGUACCAUGUAGAGAACCUGAAGGAUUAUUAUAUCACAUCAAAAAAUGUCGAAAUGCAAAAGAUGCAAAUCCAAUAAAACAUUAUUUUGAAAAGAAUUGUGCUCCUAGAACAAUACAUUAUAUAACGUUGGAAUGUGAUCUGAAAGCACCUAAAAAUCAAUCAAUAAAUCUGUUACCUUUAAUUUGGCAAACUUACCUUAAUAAUACGAAAGAGAGAAUUGAUAUGAUAAAGCGAAAACAUAAUCUUAAUUUGUAUAAUGAUAUAAAUAAAGAUUGUGUUAUAAAUGGAAAUGGAAAUAGAAACCAAAUUACUAUUUCUAAAGCUCACUUUCUUUGUGCACAAAACCAGCCUGUUAAUACAUUAUCACAUAUAUUACCUGCAAAUAAUACAUUACCAAAAAUAUUACCUGCAAAUCAGAAAACAACUAGAAACACAUUAAAAAAUAAUUUAUGCACAGAUGCAAAUGCUAAUUCUGAAGUCUUUAAGAAUAUAUCAAAUAAUGGAGAUAAUAUUAAAUCACAUAAUAUAUAUGCAUUAAAUAAAGAACGUUCAUUGCAUCAUAGUAAUUAUUUAAAAAUUAUAACCACACAAGAAGAAAAAGGGAACCAGAAAGAUAUGAAUGAAUUAAAAGAAGUUCAAAACGAUAUAUCCACAAAUUCAAUUACCUUAAAACAUUCGAAAUUUCCUAAAAAAUCUGAAAUAGUACAAGAAUUACCUCAAUUGCGGAAGACUACUCCUAGAUUAGCAAAAACAAAAAGUGCUCAAAAUAUGAAAUUAAUGGCUCAAGUAUUAGGACCAAAAGGUUUAUCUAAUUGCAAUGCCUUAAAAUCCAGAGAAAAAAAUGAUGUAAAUAAAAAUAUAGAAAAAUCAUCAGAUUCGUCUAUGCUUGACAAUGAAGAUGAAAUAGCAGAACUAAUGUUAGCUAGCACGACUAUUAAAAAAGAUUAUAUUAGUAGAAAGAAAGCUAAAGAAGCUAGGGAAUUAGAAAACAUUAAAAGACUUUUGGAAUCAGAAAAUCCAUUAAAUGAAGAAGAAAGAAGUUCAAAGUUUGCAGCAUCAUACUUUCAGAAAUUACACUUGACAUUAGAAUCUAAUAAUCCAGCAACAUUACGGUCCGUAAUAAAAUUAUAUUUAGAUUAUUAUGAAAAAUUAGAUAACAUUAAUCAGAUGGAAAACGAAUUAUCAUUUUCGAGCUCAGCAAGAUCUUUGCAUACUGAACGAAUUAUGAGAAAAGCUGCAAAAGAUACAAUAACUAUUAAUUUAUAUCACGAUAUAUGUAAAAAUUUACGGGAAUAUCCUGAGCUUUGUACAGAUUUUUUAUUGUUUUUGAAACCACAUCAAGCUGCAAUGCUGGAUAAAUCAGUAGAGUAUACAAUGCUUCAAAAGAUGAAUGAAUUUGUUAAUGUAGCUCAAAUAUAUUUUGCUAAACAACCUUCUCGGAUAGCAAAAAUGAUGCAAGCUAUUACACAACUUUCAUCUAAUCCACAGACAACAUUAGAGCAUAUUCAUGCAACUAUGAGUUCUAUACUCAAAGGACAUCCUUUGAUUAUGGAUUUAUUUUUACAAAUAUUACCAACUGCUAAGCCUCCAGAAAGUUUGUUUGCAUCGCACAUGUUUGAAAACUUAACGUGUCCAGUGGGGCCAUAUGAUAAAAGUAAAAUUUAUUCCGAAGAUGCACCUGAAUUAUAUGAAAAUAUAGAACUGCCUGUCUUAUCAUUUCAAGAAGAUCCUUAUGGUGGAGAAAACUGUAAAUGCAACUGUCAUAGUAGUGAUGAAUCCAGUUAUAAAAAUAUUUCUGAACAUUGCGUGUCUUGUGGCACAAGGUUCCUCAACGGGAAAAUUUACCUUCAAACAUCUGAAGGUUUAAGACCUGCAAAAAUUAUUUUUCCUGGAGCUGAAGAAGAAAAAUUGGAAAAUAUUGCACGUGUAUCUUUAAAAACUACUGAUAAAUUUGCUUUAUCCAUUUCAUCCAAACAACGAAAGAAGUCUUCAAAGAAUGAAUUUCAUGCUGAUGAACAAUAUCAAAAAUCUUGCAUAGUAAAAAAUUCACCUGUCAAAGAAAACGAAGAAGGAGAAAAAUUAAUUAUAAAAGCUAAAAGGACUAUAAAAUCUCCAUCAAAAUCUACAGAUCAGAAAAAAGACUUAAAAAGAUCUAGGAAUGAAUUGAAUCAUAUAAAUAGAAAUACGAAAAAAAUGCGUAUAUCUCAAUGUAAAACUAAAAAUGAGAAAAAAAUUGACAAACAAGAAAUAAAAUUGGAAAAUUCAAAUGUCGUUCCUGAUGUGAAAUCGGAUGAAUGUUUGUUUGUCAAUUAUAAAAACUCUAAGGAAAUAAUAGAAAAUAAUACGUCAGAUGUGGAAAUAAAAAUGUCGAAUGAUAAUGUAAGCAAGAUUGAUUCAUCUCAUGAAAUUAACAAUAUUGUUGAUUCAAAUACUAAUCUAAACACUAAGUCAUGGACACGACAGGAAGAUAUGAUUCUAUUGCAAACUGUUAAAAAAGAAUAUUCUGAAAAUUCACUUGUUUUGGUUAGUAAAACAUUAGGAAAUCGUACAAUUGAUCAAGUAAGUCUGUAUAUAUUAUACUCUUGAAUAUGUAUAUUAUUAAUUUCACUUUAUUCUCUAUUUUGAAUAUUUAUAUUAUAUAUUUAAUAUCUUUCUAUAGGUCAAAGAAAGAUGCGAAAUACUGCUCUCUUUAUUAAAAAAAAUGAUGUAAUUAUCUUUAUUUGAAAAAGAUAUAAUGUUAUUAAAUUUUAGUUCAAAAUUCCACUGAGUAAAUAUAUGCCAAAUAAAUAUGUAAUGAUAAAAUAUGUAUUUUACGAUCUAAAAAAUCAUCAGCUUUUAAAUUAUAAACUUGUUUCCGCCAAUUAUAUAAAUGACUUCGUGUUACAAAACUCAUAAUAAGAAAAUCCAAAUAUGUAAAUAGAAAUAAGCAAGUGCGAACAAUAUUCAACUAAAUAGCAGUACAUGCAUGUAUGGAAAUUAGGGUAUGAAAUUAGAUUAUUUAUAAUUCUUAUAACUUUAAUUUUUCAAUUUUAUAAAAAACUAUGUAUUUAAAUUUUUGCAGCACGAAAAAGCAGUAAUUGAAAAUUAAAAAAUAUAAAGGAAAUAUAUUUCAUUAUUUAUUUGAUUGAACAUGUUACAGAAGAAUAAUCAUAAAUUAUGAAUUAAAUAUAAAAAUAUAAAUUAUAUUCCUUUUCAAUUUUAUAAAAUCUUAUAGAAAUAAAUAAAAUGAGUUUAUGAAAAGAACUGUUUUUAAAAUAUUAUUAAAAUUUAUUUAGAUGUGUAUUUCAUAA